AUUGUUGCGAGUUAAAGCAGAAUCCUUGGUUCUGCAUCGACCCAGCAAUGCCAAAGAAGUGGAGGGUGAAAGUGCGCCCCCCCUUGGUGUGGAGGCCGAAGCGCACAAAGCCUGCCUCGGAGGCAAGUGCGGCAAGUACAGAGGUCUCAAGUGAAGACCGUCCAGUUGUUGCAACUGACUCGGAGAGAAGCGACAGUGCAUUGAGUGAAGCAAGGAGGCAGUUGCAGCUAGCAAUUGAAGCAGCGGAGUCUUUCGUCCAGCAGAAUCGCUAUGCGCUGUUGCAGGAUGAGGUGCAAUCGCUGCUCACCUUGUGUGCCGUCCCUCAGGGCAACUUGCUGAGCCUUGCGCAGUACAGCGGCAUGAAGCUCAGCGUGAUUUCCAACUCGGAAAUCAGGUACCAAGGAAUUCUCCACUCUAUUUGUUGGGAGGAGAAAUCGAUGACCCUGGAGACGGUGAGAUGCUUCGGCACAGAGCAGAGGAAGGCGCCCAGGUUUCGGUUUCCGCUGUGGAAGGGUUACCAAGAGUACGUUUCCUUUCCAGAGCAGGAUAUCAAAAGCAUCAGCUUUGAUGGCGAAGGCUCCAGUAUCAAGGUUUGGCCACCUCAAAAUCCAAUUCGAGUGAGACAAUGCCUCACAUCAGCGAAAAGUGAGCUGCACAGCAUUGUCAAAGACAAGGAGGCGGGGCCUGAAGAGAAGCUUGCUUGCUUGAAGACAUUUGCGAUGAACUUGGAUCACGACGAGGUGCUGAGCCUCGAAGACAAGGACUUUUUUAUGGACUCGGUCCUUAAAUUGGAGGCCGAGCGCUUUCGCUUGGAGGAUGCUCGGAUGCGUGAAGCAGCUGACAGAGCUGCAGAAGGCACGGAGCUGGAGGAGGAGGAGGAGGAGCGCAGCCAGGCAAAGUUGAGUAUUUGGCAAUGCUGCGUGCAGAUCAAGGAGGUGGUCCAUGCGGUUGGGCAGCUUUUGUCCUCCAACAAGAAGGUCCGGCACCUCAUUGUGCACGAGCCUUUGAUUUCAAGUUAUGGUGAGGACCUUUGGCUGAGGCCUUGGCCUUUCCCUGAGCAGGAUCCACGCGCAGGACACAGGCGAGUGCAAAGUUAUGGAUCUUCCAAUGCCGGCAAAGAAGUCUACGUUUCUUGCCGCCGGUAGUGAACAGUUGGCGGCGCUCGCAGAAGCGGGAUUUGUAGAUUCUCGCAGUUUCUCCUGGCAAUAAGCGACGAACAACGUCGUGGCUUGUUAUUGCGUUUAGUCUAGAGUCUUGAUUGUUUGAAGCAGUUUGAAGAA